AUGGAUCCCGAGGAAUCGACAUCGCCAGUCGACGACGGCGAGCACUACCCACCUCGCCCAAUGCCGACCAACCUCCCGACCUCUCUCAACGACCGCCGUCAUGCUCCCGUGGAAUACAUCGUCCCCGAGACGGAGAUAUACGACGGCUGGCAAGGCGAAUCUCAAUUUCUCACGACACCAGCCGUUGCGAAGCCGCUCAAUUUUGCCAAUCUUUCACUCAACGACAACGACUACGAAGGCGACAUUACAAAACGCCCGCAGGACAGCGACGCUCGACUCAUGGAGAUGCUUGCUGCCCAAGCCGCGGCUCACCAAGCGGGCCACGGCGUGGAAGACGACAACGCGAUUGCUGAGGAUGGAAAAAUGUCGGAAGAUGAGAAGAAGGAUGCCCUACAAAAGUCUCUCAACAUGGCCGCCAGCAAUGGUGACGUAGGAAAAAUCACAAAGAUGCUUACGGGCAAAGCCAAAGCCUAUAUCGAUGUCAACGCUCCAGACGAGGACGGCACGCCGCCGCUCAUCUACGCCAGUUGCUUUGGCCACGAAGGUGUAGUCAAGGCUCUCAUCGACACUGGCGUCGAUGUCAACAAGCAAGAUCAGAAUCAAUGGAGUGCUCUGAUGUGGGCAAUGACAAAUCGUCACAAGAAUAUUGCCAAACUCCUUCUCGAUAACGGUGCCUCCUCCGACCAGAAAACCUCCACCGGCCGGACUGCGUUCGACUUUGUACCGCCUGACAGCGACAUGUCCUUCUACCUCCACGAUAACGGUUACAACAUUGGAAAUGCGGGAAUGGGCGACGACUUUUACAAUCCCGGGUUUUCUCAGGAUCGAUUUGAAGAAGAAAUGGCCGAGAACGAAAUGCGCCGUCGCCUCAUGAUGGAGAGUGCGCGCGAUCUGGAGGUUGAUCUGGGGAAUGUGGGAAUGGACGAUCAACCAGAGCCCGCGGAAGAGUUGGAAGAAGAGCAACAGGAAUUCGACUGGGGAAGGUGCCUACACGACCAAAUGUUUGUUUUCCAAGAACACGAACUCGACCGCAUACUCGAUAUCAUUAUUACCAAGAUGACCCCGCAACGAUCGCCAUCGCAAAAACCGGUACCAGCAAAUAUGAUUUUUCUCAGCGCGCGAUACGCACACUACCACGCCAGUCCAGACCUCUUGGAGCGAUUACUAGUCACUGCUAUGGACCUUAUUAACGACAAGGUCGAGGCAUGCCAGUGGGACAUGACCAUUCUAGCUUUCUGGAUCUCCAACGCCACAUUACUGCUACACUACCUCAAGAAGGACGCAGGGCUGGUAGAGGCAACGUCUGAAUUUCAGACACAGUUGGCAGACCUCAUAAACGAGAUUUUUAUUCUCAUUGUGCGCGACGCCGAGCGACGGCUGGACAAGGUCCUGGAUCCCGCCAUGUUGGACCACGAGACGAUCCCUGGCUUUGAAGGCAUCACCUUUCAAAACGAGUGGAAGCUAUUUAAGCGAAAGACUACAGUCAAAGAGGAGCCCCUGGAAAAGCGGUACAGACCACCGUCACCCAAGGCAAGAGCCAAGCCGUCGCCGCGCAACGUCACAUCGCUGCUGUCCUCUACAGUGUUUGUACUGGACCUGUACGACAUUCACUCGGUGAUUACGACACAGAUCAUUUCACAGCUACUGUACUGGAUAGGAGCCGAGCUGUUCAACCGUGUCAUGUCCAAUAGGAAAUACUUGGCGAGGACCAAGGCCAUGCAGAUUCGCAUGAAUGUUUCACUUCUGGAAGAGUGGGCUCGAACGAACAACCGGCAGGCCGAGCACUAUGAGGGUGGCGAGACAAAGUCAACGGGAGAAACAACGGCAGACGCUAGCAGGCGUCAUCUGGCUCCCGUCAUCCAGCUGCUGCAGUGGCUACAGUGCUUCUCGUCACUGGGCGAGGACGACCUCGAGGCGCUGGUGGGAACGCUGCAGCAGCUCAAACGACUGACGCCGCAGCAGCUGAUUCAUGCAGCGACGCAUUAUCGCGCAGAGGUGGGCGAGAAGCGACUGCCCAAGAGCGCGACUAAGUACCUGCUGGAGAUUCAAAAGGAGGCAGCCCUGAAACGCGACCGCCGGCGGAGCAGAGCCGCGUCGCCGUUACCCAAAGACGCGAGCGUGCCUUCAACCCCGGUCAAGAGAAGCAGCGGCAACGGUCUGAGCGCGUCGCCGCCGAGCGCGCAAAGCACGCCGGGCAGGGGCCACGACCUCGAGGCCGAUGACUGGGACGAGGACGAGGCGCCACCGAACCUGCUCAUGGACCCGGCGCUGAUGCUGCCGUUUACGCUGCCCUCGGUGACGGACAUGCUAAUCUCGUAUGGGGCGGGCUUUGGCGGCGUCAACAGGGAGCGCGAGCGCAAGUACAUACCGACGGUGCCGCCCGAGUUCCUGGACAAGCUCGAGGUGGCGAGCGGCGGCGGGCGCAAGGACCCCAUGUUUGCGGAAAAGGACUGGGAAAAUGAGGAGGUUUGA